UCUUGGAUUGGGUUGGGACAGAGACGGAGUUGUUUAUGGUAUCUGUUAGAUUCGGAAAUUAGUCGCCCAGGGAACAUCCGCUGGAGUUUAUCACGUGAAGCAAACUACAGAACGAAGAGCUUUUCCCAGUCCAGAUUAAAUAUUCGUCGCAAAAAAUGGCCACCUGGCAGGACACUGUUUACGAUGGGCCAUCCGCCAAAUGAAUCCCUCCGAACUCGCGGCAUUGCCCGGGAUCAAGACAAAAUUCAAGACGCAUCUCCUCCAAUACUUCGGGACGGCCGUGCCGCGGGAGGAACUCAUGAAAUUGGCCGAUUAUGGGGUCGAAUUCACCCUCUGGUACUAUCCCAACGGACCCAUCGAUUCGUCCCAAUUUUUGGCCGCGGUCAAAGUCUGCGCCAACCUGCUCAUCCUGGACGACUGGUUGGACGUGAAGGAGUCCACGACGCAGGGCGGGCAACGGAAAGGCGGGCACGCCUCCGUUAUGCGGCUCCUGCUCAACCAGUGGCAAAAAUUGGACGAUUCCGAGAUGUCGGAAGAGUUGGAGGAAGCCUUGCAAUCCUAGCCGUUGCUUAUUUGCAUGUGUCACGCGAUGCGGGACGCGCUCAAUGCGCUGCAGCGCUUAGGAGGGCGGGAGGAAUGUCUCAAAUUGUACGAGUACUACAUGUUCCGCCUCUACUUUGCCGAAUCGCUCCGACACAGCCGCGUUUACACGGUGAAUCCCGCCGCGUCCGCGUACUUCAUGGGGGAACAGUUCGGCAUGACCGCGGUCAUCGCGCUGUUCGCCUUCGCGGAGGGGAUCUCUCUCCCCGACAAGUUUCGGAUCCACCCGCUCUUCACGCGCUAUCAGGAAAUGGCCAACGUCCUCGCGGUCGUGCAGAACGAUUUGGUCGGCCUCGAGCGCGACCUGGUGAAUGGCGAGUUGAACAAUAUCAUUUACCAGAUGAAGGCGGGAAAAGGCUUGUACGAAGUGGUGGCGCGAGAGAUGAAACUAUACGAGCAAAACGUUGAAGAACUGUUGGUCCUGCGGGCGGAAAUUAUGGCGCAAUUUAAGGACGAUGAGAAUGUCGUAAAAUACCUGGCGUUGACGGACGCCACGCUGUUUGGCCAGCUGAAAAUGAUGGACAAAGUGGAGCGGAACAGUAUGAAGGGGCGCCUGGACUUUGUAAUGGGGGAAGAAGAGUGAAAACAAAAUUAUGUAUGCUCCGGUAGCUAACAACGGAUGUGUCCCAACGUAUGCUCCCAGAUUUGGAGCAAACUAGCGUCAAUCGAUCACAAAUAUAAUUAGUAUGAAAUUUGCAAAUGGCACUAUCUCCCAAUGCGCAGGU